CAAAAAAAAAAAAAAAAAAAAAAAAAAAAAAAGUUAGGCAUGCAGUUCAGUGUAAAGACCCAGGGUUCAGUCCUCAGACCCACCAAAAUUUUAUUUUAAAAUAAAUAUAAAUUCUUAGCUGUUUCCAAUCUACUGAAUUGGAAAUUCAGGGGGGAGGGUCCUAGCUAUCUCUUUUUUUUUAAUCAGUCUUCUAUGGAAUCCUAAGGUAGUCCAGAACUGGGAACCAUCCCUAGUACCAAAACAAAACAAAACAGAACUGGGAACCACAUGUGAAGAGAAAUAGGCUUUGCGUCUGUCUGGGCUGCACAGCUCAUGAGCACUUCUUGCAUACGUCAUCUCCAUUCUCAGAGAAGUGGAAUGUGUGUGUGUGUGUGUGUGUGUGUGUGUGUGUGUGUGUGCGCUGAGCUCUCACUUCCUAGCUGAGGACUUGCACCUGGAGGGCUCAGGGAAGGCAGUCUCAGCCAGCCUUCACCAGUCUUUGAGUUCUAAUGGAUUCACCCUGCCCUGCUCUCAGCCCCUCAGUGUCUGGGUGAACACGCAGCACCUGCCCAGCAGUGCCAAGGAUAGCCACACUGGGUUUCAGUGGGAGGGACAAGCUCCCCGCUCUUCAUAAGCCAGCUCUGCAGCAGCGAGGCAGCCGUGCUCCUGUCUUAUGCCCACUCUGUCUGGUGUCAAACCUUCCAUCACUCAAUUUCUAGGGGGUGAUGCCUCAGUGACUGACAUCUUCUGGGCAGAUGGGGAAGAUGGGGUGUCCUUCAUACACCCCAGCAGUGAGCUCUACCUGCAGCCUCUGGCAGUCAUGGAGAGCCAUGGAGAAGUGGAGAUCCGGAGGCACCCCAACUGUAGUCAUUGCCCUUUGAAAGACUGCCAGUGGCAGGGAGUGCUCCAGCUGGCUGCAUGUGUGUGCCCAGAGGGCAUGGAGCUAGCUGUGGAUAAUGUCACUUGCAUGGACCUGCCCAGGACCCCAAGCCCUCUGGUUCUGAUGGUGUCUGUGAUAGCAACCUUGACGCUGGUCCUCCUCGUGGUUUGCGGGGUCCUGAUCUUAGUGAGCCAGAAGAAGUGGCCAGGCCAGUGGGGGACAAGGCUGCCGGACCCUGAGCUUGAAUUGAGCAAGCUUCGAACCUCCACCCUCAGGACAGCCCCCAAUUCCUAUUACUGCCAGGUGGAGGUUGGCCCGGUCCAGUCCUGGCCUUUUGGGCUCCCUGAGGUCUCCCCAGCCAAUGUAACUCUGCUCAGGCCCUGCGGAAGCUCUGCUCUCCUCGGGAGGAGCUGGACUUCCUCAUGGAGGUGCACAUCAUCAGGUGGGCCUGGGGCGGGAGGAGCCUGGAACCACCUCAGGAAUGGCUUCUCCUCCCUGGGGCAGAGAGGGCCUCUGCAAUGUGUGGAGUCAGGAAUCUGCUUAUCUCCCAAUGUGCCCACCCACCCCGACCCCCAGCAAGCUCUGUCACCAGAAUGUCGUGCGCUGUGUGGGGCUCAGCUUCCGGGCGGCACCUCACCUCAUUCUUCUGGAGCUAAUGUCUGGAGGCGACAUGAGGACUUUCUUGAUGGACUGCCGGCCUCAUCUGGGCAAGCCAUCACCUCUGGCCAUGCAGGACCUGCUGCAGCUGGCCCAGGACAUAGCCCAAGGCUGUCAUUACCUGGAGGAGAAUCACUUCAUACACAGGGACAUUGCUGCCCGGAACUGCCUACUGAGUUGUACUGGGCCUGGCCGAGUGGCCAAGAUUGGGGACUUCGGGAUGGCAAGAGAGAUCUACCAGUAUGGAACUUGGGGAGGGACAGUUACUACCGAAGGGGUGGCCCAGCCUUCCUCCCAGUCAAGUGGAUGCCCCCUGAGGCUCUUCUGGAGGGCAUCUUCACAUCCAAAACAGACUCCUGGUCUUUUGGGGUGCUACUCUGGGAGAUCUUCUCCCUGGGCUAUGUGCCCUACCCUGGGCGCACCAACACAGAGGUCCUGGACUUCGUCACUGCAGGGAGUCGGAUGGACGCCCCUCGGGGCUGUCCGGAGCCCGUGUGCCACAUCAUGACCCAGUGUUGGCAGCAUCAGCCUGAGCUCCGCCCCAGCUUUGCCAGCAUCUUGCAGCACCUCCAGUACUGCACUCAGGACCCUGAUGUGCUGAACUCACCCCUGCCAAUGACUCUGGAGCCCACUCUGGAGGAGAAAGGGGCUCCUGGGCUGGGGAAUAGGUCUUUGGAGGAUCCCAGGUCUCUACAGCCCCAGGGCCAGAGUCCAAAGACCCUGAAGAGCAGGGGAGGAAGCCGCCUUGGCCGCUGGCUGUCCUCUGGCCUCCAGCCCCUCACACCUAGAGGCCUCCAAUUUCAGAACAUUUGGAAUCCCACCUAUGGUUCCUAGACCCCCAAAGGGCUGGCACUGAUCUUAGUGAACGCACCUCCUGCACACCUUCCUGGGCUUCCCCAUGAUUCCCUAGCCUCUGUCCUCCGCAGCCUCAAGGUGUGCCUGGGCCUGUCUCAGGGUGGUCCUGGCCACACUGGACUUUCCUUGCUGGCAACAGCCUCAGGGGCCAGCAGGGAGUCCUGGAUUCCCCCCUCCCAUGAAAGACUUUCAUCCGGGCAGCCCCCAACCCUGCAGACAUUUCUAAUAAAAGCUCUUCUCUCAUCUGCCAUCAUCUGAGUGGAUGUGAAGGAGUUCAGAACUGAAGAAGAGGAGACCAGAGUGAGAGGGAAUGAGGCCUGAGUCGCAGAAGCCGGGUC